AACUGUAUUUCCCGAUAAUAUUCGUAGAUAUAAAACAGGAAGAUGACUAAAACCUCUGGACGGUGUAAUAGACCUGAGAAUUUUGUUUGCAAUCUUUGAGUUUUCAUGAUCAAAGAAUAAUUAUAAUCUUGUCGAGUCAAGACUUUUUUGUUUACACCUUCUGCAUUUAGAUUCAACUGCCACUUUUUUAAUAAAUUUUGUUUGCAGAAUGUGUUGUUUUAUUUUCAAUCAAAAGAUAACAUGAGUGGCAUGCUGGGAAAGAUAGGGAAGGUGGCAAAUUCUUUAGUCAACUCUAUGAUGGCUGGAAGGGAGGCGCCAAGAAAUCAGAUAGAAGCCACUGGGGAGAACCAAGACGACCUUGAGCCUUUACCAUCUAUAGUCAAAGAUUACAGGGCUGCUCUGGUCAACUCAAUCUAUCACGGCCAAAAUACAGAUGAGAUUAUAAAGAACCUCGUAGAAUUAGCUUGUCCGGCAUUUGAUAACAAGUAUGCAGCCCUCAGAGCAAGAGAUCUACUUACUUCUAACAAUCAGAGCAUUCAGGAAUUAAAGAACAUUCUAAAUGGAGCUGUAUUCAUUAUAAAGUAUGCCAAACAUUUAAUCAAAGACCCUGACAAACGCAGAGAACAGUGGCGAGUGAUACCCUUCAAUAAUACUUACUAUCAGAAAAAAAUUAAACCUCUCAAGGGCUGUGAGAAAAUUCUGGAACAAAUGGGAUACACACAGAGGGUUGAAAAUGGCCUGAGUUUCCCCCUGGGUCAUGAACCAGACAGAACUCUUGUGGUCAGUAUCAUCGCUGACCUGAUGAUACUCAAGCAAGAAAUCAGGGAAUAUAUACUUGAUAAGCAUCCACACCCACAUCUCAUUAAAGAGAUGUUGCCUCAGCAGACUCAGGAUGAAUUGUUAGCUUUCCAAAUCUCUGAGCUCAAGUUUGAAGAUGAUGAAACAUCAGAAAAUACAGCUCAAAUGUCAAUUAUUGAUUUUGAGUCGAUGGCACCUGCCAGACCAAGUGCUGUGCAGCAACAGGAACAUAACAACAACAUAGAGCAGCUCAAGCUGCUAGAGAAUGGUGUGGCAGCACCUGAACAAGAGAAAGAAACCAGUCAACUAAAUGAUGCUAAUGUGGAGCCUCCUGCUGUGCAGGAGGUAAUUUCUGAAGGCAUACAAGAUCUUGUUUUGGUGGGUGAACAAUCUGAUGCUGUUCCAGUUUUGUCUUGUGGAGAUGGCAGACACUCUUCUUCCAGCAGUAAAAGAUUUUUGUGUGAUGUGUGUGGAGAAGAAGCUGCAGUGUUUUGUCUACAGUGUAAAAACAAACCUUUGUGUGACAAAUGCAAUUCCAACUGGCACAAACACCCCCAAAGGCAGAACCACAGGACAGAGUCCAUCAGUUCUCUGGCCAGUCUGGCAUCAGACUCCAGCCUACAUGUUGUUUAUGAUGGCAAAUAUGGCGUCUCCUCAGAGGCUAAUGUGUACAGAGCUAAACUGAGCAAAACCCAGCAAACCUACCCUGUGAGUCAGCACCAGCAGAUUAGACAAACACACCCUGAAACACAAGCUGCCAAUCUGCCUGACCUGGAAAGUCUGGGCUUGAUGGGUCAAGAGUUUGGACCUGCUAAUCAAAGAGCCCAGCUGUCCCAGCAUCAACUAUCCCAGCAAGAGCUGGACUACCAACAGCUGGACUAUCAGCGCUUUCAGACCAUGCAGUAUGCCCACAGGGUGCCCUACCAAGGUCCAAGAAUAAUAAAUGCUGGUGCUUCACCACAACUUUACCCAAGUACCAUGUAUGCCCAAGGCCAUCAGGAUGCCAGAAUUCUGGAUAGCAGAAUCUGCUACCCACCAAACACCCCAACAGGCCAGCAAGAUGCCAGAAUUCUGGAUAGCAGAAUCUGCUACCCACCAAACACCCCAACAGGCCAGCAAGAUGCCAGAAUUCUGGAUAGCAGAAUCUGCUACCCACCAAACACCCCAACAGGCCAGCAAGAUGCCAGAACUCUGGAUAGCAGGAUCUGCUACCCACCAAACACACCUAGAGACUUAUCCAUGUGGCAACGCCAACCCAUCCCUCAUCAUUUGCUCACCAAUGAGAACAUGCCUGCAUACAUCACUCAACAAAUAGCAGACCAUCAGAGGAAGAGCCAGCUACCACCCAACCAUUACAACACCCUCCUCCAGUCUCCUGCAGGGGGUGACCUAGCUCCCUCCUACAGCCCAGCUGUUCUCCAGUACCCAACAACCAUGCAUUCUUACCUCCCUGAUCACCAGAGAACCUACAGCUCACAGCUGAACCAUCUAAACACUGAGCUUACCAAAUCACCAAUGCACAUAUCACAGAGCAACCCCAGCUUCAACUCCCAGCACUACACCAUGUACGCCACCAAUCUCAACUCUAAUGCUGUACCCAACAUGCACCCCUCUUAUCAUGACCCAACUAACUAUAGAAUGCGCCCCUCAGUUUCCUCCUCCUCUGUGUCCUCCUCCUCGCUACAUUCGACCUCUGAUCACACCACCAGGAUGCAUCGUCUACUGCAAGUGCCAGACAUACAGAAACGAAUUUCUAAGUGUGAAAACUACAUUGAAGACCUGGGUGAUGACAUCAGUGAUCUAGAUAAGAAAAUCAAUGCUUUAAUGUUAGAGCAGGAUGAUUUCUGUAGGUCAGAAGAAUUCAUAGAGCUGCAUAAGAGAAAACAGAUGUGUAUGAAAGAAAAGAUGGCGUUUGAGAAUUACAGGAAAGAACUGGACGAGGAGACAACUCUGGUGAAAAGUUCCAGCUUCCCCCAGGAGAUGAGAACUCAGGAGAUUUUGUUUCCACCAGACAUUGACAAGUCUCUGUACAUGAAGAAAAAGCCAGGCCAUAACAGUUCCCAGCUAACCAUGUCACAUGACAACACCCAGUUUGCUCCUGGCUCAGCCACCUCACCUCUACAUGCAGCUGGAGAGCCAGCCCAGAUGAAAGCAACAGAAGAAAGAGCUGUCAAUCAGUCAGCUGUCUGUCAGUCAGCUGUCUGUCAGUCCAGAAUACCAGUUGAAGACAGCAGUACCGAGCUGGAAGAAAAGUUGGCUCUCAUCCACCUGCCCCCACCUGACCUGCCACCUAGAGCCAGGAAUGAGACUGUCCUAACUAAGAUCCUACCUGCUCCAGACAGGCUGACAAACAUGACAACAAUUAAACAGUGGCAGUGUGAGCACUGCACUUUCCUCAAUGAAGCCAGCUCUCAUGCCUGUAGCAUGUGCUUCAAGACUUCAGUCAACCCUACACUGGUCAGCAUAUCUGACCCUGAGGACAACGGGGAGGAGACGCUGGUGACUGAUGAGUCCAGGGAGCCCUCAUUUGGUGAUGAGGCGUACAUGCGUCUGCUGAUGGAGGAUGAUAAAACAAAAGAGAAGCUCACUAAUUAUACUGACCCUGAUCAAACCCAUGUAGUGGGCAAGAGGAUUAUGGGUAGCCAGGAACAGGUGAUGAAGGAAAAGAAGAAAGCGCAACAAGAAUAUCUAGAAAAAAAUUCAUCAGCUGUAAAACAAGCACCUGCCAGCCAAGUCAGGGCUAAAAGCCUCUCACCUACUCCUGCCAAGUCUCCUUAUGGGAUAGGGGCCAGGCUUCUAGAAUCUAGCCUUAAAGACAGCAUAGGGGCUAAGCUGAAAGGAUCAAUUCCCAAAGAUGGUUUAGAUGCUAUGUCUAGAGAAUCAAGUCCCAAAGAGUCCAGCCCAAAACCAGAGAUGUACACCAGUGAACUGGGCAGCUCGUCUGAGUUUCACACGCCCCCAUCUGAGUCCUCACCCUCCCCGUCUCAUGUUGAGACCACAUCUGCUCAGUCAGCUGUUGGCAAGGUGAAAGAGAGUGAAAGUUCUGGCAGAAGUAGUUUGGAGGACACCUUGGCUCGCUACAAUGAACAGAAACUGAUGGACACCCUGCAGAAUGAAGGAGCAGAGUUUGCCAAGCUCAUUAAGAUGGCAGACCAGGCAGGCUACCAGGUGGAAGCUGUACAAAUUGCCUCAGUCUUGUGUCAAAGACAAAAAAUGUCCCCUCUAGAGUGGCUGGAGAAAAACUGGAAGAAAAAUGUGGAGCGGGUGAUUGCGUUUGCCUCAGAGAUUGGCAAAAAACAGGAGUGUAACAGUGUGGGGGAGCUGACGGAGGCUGAGGCAGAAGCUGCUUAUAUCAAAUGUCAAGGCAACAUGAAGGAAGCUGCGCAGUUGUGUGCUGAGACUAGGACUAAACUGUAUGAAUACCUGAAUGAAUGUGGGAACUUCCCUAGAGAGGAGAUCCUCCACUCCAUGUACAUCUGUGCUGGUCACCAAGAGAACGCUGAGGUCCACCUACAGACUGGCAACCUGCAGCACUAUGUCAACCACAUCUGGGCUGAGAAGGAAAUGUCCACCUCUGCCAACCCAUUUGUCUUCACAGACUUCAGCAACCCUGAGGUGUGUCACAGCUACUCCACCAGUGUCAUCACACAUGGGGACUUUCAGAAGAUGAUCAAAGACAGGAGCAUCCCAGUAGAGACAAAACAAGUAUUUACAAGUGCUGAACAAACUCUACAGAGAAGAAUUAGGCUGAUACUUGUGGAGGGAGCUCUGAAAAGUUGGGGGCGUGCUGACUUGGUCAUUAAAAUUUUGGACAGUGAACUAGAAAAUGAAAACAUUGCUUUGGAGGAUGUAGUAGAAGCAGUAAGAAAUUGCCAAGACAAGACAAGUGCUCUGGCCUACCUCCAGCAGCAAUGUGAAAUUUGUCUGACUAAUUUCCCCAUGAGCAAGAUACGAAACUUGAACUUCUGCCAGUGUAAGAUGUGUGCUGAGUGUCUGUAUGGUAAUUUUGAGAUAGCCAUUAGAGAAAAACAUGUUCACCACUGGACGUGCCCACUUUGUUCACUGCCAGACCUGAAUGAUACUGAUGUUGCUUCGGAUUAUCUGCAGUUUCUAACAUUGCUUCUUAGACCUUUUAUAGACCCUGAGCUGUUGAACUUAUUUGAGACCAAGGUCAGAGAUUGGCACUUACAGAAAGAUCCUAACUUCAGGUGGUGUGCACAUUGUGCUGAAGGUUUUCUGGCAGACAACCAGAAUGGCCAACUAAGAAUGACUUGUCCUAUGUGUAAUGCCAAGACAUGCUUUAGCUGUAAAAGGGAGUGGGAAGACCAGCAUGAAGGCCUGACCUGUGAACAGUUUGCCCAGUGGAAAAUUGACAAUGACCCCAAUAACCAGUCCGUUGGUUUAGCCAAACAUCUGGAUGAAAAUGGAAUAGACUGUCCUACAUGUAAGAUGAGAUUUGCACUGGCCAAAGGAGGGUGCAUGCAUUUUAAGUGUCCCAACUGUGGUCAUGAAUUUUGUAGUGGAUGCAAUGAACCAUACCAUCAGAAAAAUUUUUGUCACAAGUAUAAAGGUUGUAAGAAGCUGGGUCUUCACUGCCACUGUCCCCGUGAUUGUUUUUCUUAUUUAAGAGACUACAGUGUUCAGAAGUUGCAGACCUUGUUAAAACAAAACAAAGUGCUGUUCAAUGUUAAAAUACCAGAGGAUCAACUAGAUGCAAACCAUUGCCCUGUCAUGGAACAGAAAGAGUUUGAUUUGAUGAGGAAAGAUGAAAAAUGUGGAAAAGAAACUGUAGAAGGACAAGCUGGUCUUUGCGAGCUGCACUACAAGGAGUACCUUGUGGACAUUAUCAACAGGCACAGACUAGACCCUCUGUUGCUUAUGAGCAAAGAUGAAAUGCUCACCCUGAUGAAGAGACAUGAUUUGCCGGUUCCAGCAGCCUUGGCUACUGAAGCACAGGAAACAUAUAUUGCUAGCCUAUCUAAGAUAAUAAAGGAGAAGCUGCCUCUCAGAAGAUGAUAGUUUUCCUGUGAAGUAGUUACUGUUUUCAUUAUUUUAUGUACUUUGUUGAUGGAUUUAUAUUUUGUGAUUACCUGAUUAAGUUUAAAUAAAUUUGAAAGUGGUUCAAAGCAUAAAAUUUUAUGUUUGCUGUAAAGAUUUUACAAAAAUGAUAGAUACAUUUGUUAUGCUUUGAUACCACUAAAACUGUGACAUCUUUGAUACCACUAAAACUGUGACAUCUUAAAUUGUGUAUAAUUUAUUGGUGGUACCUAUUCAAAUUGUGCCUUUUAUCUAUGUCAUAAUAUUUAUUUACUUGCUACAUCACUAAAUUUGAUUACGUCCCUAAAUUUGAUUACGGUUGAUUUUUCAAGUUGCAUCCUACUUUUUAGUUACUCGCCAACUUUUUUUUAAAAAUGUGGCUUAUUGAUCUAACUAUGGGUGGAGCACUUUGUUUACUUUACAAAUUUAAUGAUCUUGUAGUUGUGUAAUAAUCUAGUAUUUGCAACCUUGUGAAAUAUUGUUUGAAUAAAAUAGCUAAUCCACCUAGCAACUCUUCUGAAUUCCUUUAGUAAAUUAAGAGUGAGGAGGAAUGAUAAGAUCCAUACAAAGUAUCAACAAAAACAUCCAGUCAGUUGCAGAGUUUAAUUUAUUAUGCCUCAAAAGUGGUAUUCAGUUUGCAAUUACUUCCCAAAGCUUCACAUGAACAUUAAGCCAGAAAAAGUUACAUGAAACACAUUUCAUAAAGAUUUAACUUUCUUCCGAACUUUCUUUUUUUGUUUACAACUAUUUUCUUACCCAGAAGGAAAGUUUAAAAUUUUUUUUUAAAUGGUGGUAUAGGAUUCUUUUACAAUGAGCAUUAAGAAAAAGGUUUCAAUUAUGCAAAGAUGUGAUCUGAAAAAAAGUGCAUCAUGAAAGCAAAGUAUAUACAAACACUGAACAUACUGGAGGGAGAAUAAAAAGUGCUCAUUUGUUGAUUUUCAUGGAAUAUCUAUCCAUUUAUAGCAUUUACAUAUUGAGUUUGUAUAUAAUAAACAAA